AUGGCCCCUCCCACCACGCUCAGAGGUGCCUCGCGCGGCACACGCGGCAGAUGCGGCGCUCCCAGGGGUGCCAGAGGCUCCAACGCGCGCGGUGGUGCCGUUACUGGUGGGCGUGGCGCCCGUUCCAUCACACCUGUUGCUGCUCCCCGGGCCGAUUCCCAGCCAUCCCCCGAGCAAGCAAUGAUUCCCACACCCACACGCCGCAGAGGUCCCAAGGUCCCUGAGCCCAUGGGCAAGCCUUGGGCUGUCAGCUCCAUGGCUUGGAGAACUGAUGAAGGCGAGUUCUCUGACGCGACCAUCUUGGCUGACGGGAGAACCUGGAGAGUUCAUCGAAUGCUCCUCAGCACCCGAUCCCGCUGGUUUGCGGAGGCGUUUGAGAAGCAGAGUGCGGGGGAGGAUGAAGGGGAGCCGGAGAUUAACCUGAGGGAGUUGAAGACUGAGUUUGUGGAUAUGCUGCUGCGGACACUUUAUUCCAACCGCUUGCCCGACCAGUACCUCAACAUCCGCGGCGCAAAUGCCACAUUUUCAACCUAUAUCAAAAUCUUCAACCUCGCCGAUCAGUUCGGCGUCGAGACCAUGUGCAACGACGCCCUGACACUCCUAGGCCAACUCGCCGACCGGCACCUCGAGGACCUCUGCACCUUUGACAAAGUCCAAUCCGGCCGCGAGGGCGUGCCAGAGCCAAAGCCGGCGUUUCCGUAUCACAAUCUCGGUAUUGCUAUCCUCGAAGCCUUUAGUGAGGAGCGCACCGUCACCGAUAAACGCGCGCAGUAUCUGCUUGCCAACUUUCUCUACGCCGGCCGUGCGGUGCUGCUAGAGAACCAAGUCCUCAGGGACAUUGUCGACCGCAACGUCCAUCUCGCUGCCGCGAUGUGGCACACCAGUCAGGGGCGGAAUCUAGCCGGUUGGCUGCCCAACCCUGAGGUGAUCUCCCACCGUCUGCGCGCGUUUGAUCACUCGAGAAAGACGCAGCAUCCUGAUCGAUGCGAGCUUUGUGAUGAUGUUUUUGAUUAUGGGGCUCACAAGAGGGUCAUGUUUGAUCCGUACAAGGUUGUGCUUAGGCCGGCGGGUUACUGCGGAGUUUGUGUCGAGAAGUAUAAGGAUGACCCGGGGUGUUUGUUUCGGAGGCGGGGAAAGAUGGAUAAGCUGGGGGAGAGGGGGUUGUUGCCGGUUAUCAAGGCUGAGGUGUUGCAUGAAGGGGAGGAUAAUAUAGCGGGGAUUCCGGAGAUGGAGAGUGAGAGGGAGGCGAGUGCUGGGUUAGGGUUGCAGGGGCCGACGAUGAGUACGCCCGCUCCGGUGCAGGUGUUGUCGGAUGGGGAGUUGCUGCCGCCUCCUCCGGUGCCGGUUAAGAAGGGGGUGAAGAGGGCGAGAGAGGAGUAA